AUGCUCGUGGGUUCGUUUGGCGCCAUGGCCGUGCUCCUGUUCGGCCAGCCAGCGGCGCCGCCGUCGCAGCCCUGGAACGCGAUUUGCGGGAACGGCAUCGGCGGCCUGGUCGGCGUCGUGGUGUACGAAGGCGCGGAGUGGCUCGGGCUGGGCAAGCAGCUCUGGCUGACCGGGGGCCUGGCGGUGUCGCUGACGAUCAUCGGCCAGGAGCGCAUGCAGUCGCAGCACCCCCCUGGCGGGGCCACGGCGCUGCUCUUCACGCUGAUGCCGAACCUGCAGGUGCUUCACUGGGUCUAUGUGAUCUGCCCGGCGCUGCUGGGGGCGGUGAUCUUCGUGUUCCUGAGCAUGCUGAUAAACAACCUGUCCGAGGGGAGGUCGUACCCGGUCAGCACGCACCCCCUGAACCUGGAGCCAGCGCCAGAGGCGAAGCCCGACCCGCAGGCGCCAGCGCGCGAGCUGGCCGCCGUGACGGAGGCACAGGCGAAGCAGGACCCCGCGCCGGGCUUCCUGGGCGGGUACUUCGGCAAGUGGAGGGGCAAGAAGGGCCCACCGAUGCCGCAGCCCCCGUGGUCGCAGACCGGGUUCAGUUGGCUCGGCGCGUUCCUGGGCAUCGCGACGUUGGGCCUCCUGCAGAUGUACGCCAUGCCCCUCCUCCCAGUUACCGGCAUUGUCCUGCUCGUGGGGUCCUUUGGGGCGAUGUCCGUCCUGGUGUACAGCAUGCCUGGGGCACCCUUCUCGCAGCCGAAGAACGCGCUGCUGGGCAACACGCUCGGCGGGCUCGUCGGCGUCGCCGUGUACAAGUCCUGCCGGCUCUGCGGCCUCGGCGACGCGUUCUGGCUGAUACCGGUGCGCUUGGACCCGGGGAGUGGCCCCGGGGGCCGAUUUUGA